GCCCAAGGCCUGCUGCUCUCCUGUGUCCCACAGACACCCCUGAGGCUCAGGGCAGCGGAGCGGGAGGCGGCUCCAAGGCGGGCCCCCCACGCCUACUCUGUCCUCGCAGGUUCCGAGGACUGGGAAGACGUGCCGCCUGCGCAGGAGCCCAGGCUCGGGCUCAUCCUGGCCGGCAAGACCGGCGCGGGCAAGAGCGCCACCGGCAACAGCAUCCUGGCCCACAGGCGCUUCCCGUCCAGGCUCGCGUCCACCCCGGUGACCAGGACCUGCGCCCUGGGGAGCCGCCGCUGGGCCGGCUGGCGCGUGGAGGUCACCGACACCCCCGACCUCUUCAGCGCCGGAGGCCGUGGCGCCGACCAGGACUGCGCCGAGCGCGGCCGCUGCUACCUGCUGUCUGCGCCCGGGCCGCACGCGCUGCUGCUCGUCACCCAGCUGGGCCGCUUCACCGCCCAGGACGAGCAGGCCCUGCGCGGUGUCCGCGAGCUGUUCGGGGCCGACGUCCUGGCGCGGACCAUC